UCCACUAGCAAAGCUCCAAGAAACGAAAAUGGCCGCCACACACACGAGCCACGUCUUCGCGCUCGUGCUGCUGCUGAGCCUCGCUCAUGGCUCCCUCGGAGCCGGCAGGAGGCUGAUGGAGCUGUACACGCCGCAGCCCAGCGAGCUCCUCACGUACCACAACGGCACCGUGCUGCGCGGCGCCAUCCCGGUCUCCGUCCUCUGGUACGGCCGCUUCACGCCGGCGCAGAAGGCCGUCGUCUCCGACUUCCUCCUCUCGCUCACCGCCGCCUCUCCAGCACCAACCCCGUCCGUCUCGCAGUGGUGGGGCACCAUCGACCAGCUCUACCUCUCCAAAGCCAAAGUCACCGCAGCACAAGGCGCGAAGACCAUCACGCAGGUGACGCUCGCGAGGCAGGUCUCCGACGAGCGGUGCUCGCUCGGGAAGAGCCUCAAGCUCUCCCAGCUCCCGGCGCUGGCGGCGCGGGCGAGGCCCGGCAAGGGCGGGAUCGCGCUGGUGCUCACCGCGGAGGACGUGGCCGUGGAGGGCUUCUGCAUGAGCCGCUGCGGCCUGCACGGGUCCGUCGCCGGGGCGCGCGCGGCGUACGUCUGGGUCGGCAACUCCGCGACCCAGUGCCCCGGCCAGUGCGCGUGGCCGUUCCACAAGCCGGUGUACGGGCCCCAGGCGCCGGCGCUGGCGCCCCCGAGCGGCGACGUUGGCAUGGACGGCAUGGUGAUGAACGUGGCGAGCAUGGUCGCCGGCGCCGUCACCAACCCGUUCGGCGACGGGUUCUACCAGGGGCCCAAGGGGGCGGCGCUGGAGGCGUGCACGGCGUGCCCGGGGGUUUAUGGUAGUGGAGCGUACCCCGGGUACGCCGGGAACCUGGCGGUGGACGCCACGACGGGGGCGAGCUACAAUGCCAAUGGCGCGCACGGGAGGAAGUACCUUCUUCCCGCGCUCUUCGACCCGGCCACGUCGACGUGUUCGACCUUGGUCUGAUUACACUCGGAGGGUAUGUAAACUCUGUGAGGAUUUGUAGUGGUGAAAUCAGCAAUCUGUAAACUCUGUGAGGAUAUGUAGUAUAGCACCAGUGUAUAGAGUAUUGGAGUGAUGUGAAGAUCAUGGUAAAAGGUAAAAUGAGAUGUUCUAUUUUGAAA